AUGACCGAGAACGACUUCCCAGCCGAUUAUCCCAUAGCAGGCUACCGCCAUCACACGAGCUCGUCAGUGAGUCGGGGAUUCUCACACUCUGCUUCUGCAUCUAUGGGAACAGUUUCGGAUGCACAGCAGGUGACACAGCCUAGGCUGAAGCAACGUUCGCCCAGUCAGCCAACACUCCCUACCUAUUUCGCCUCGAGUGCCACACACCCCGUGGGACCGCCAUCCAUACCUCUACGGAUAUCGAGCAUACCUGCCAACAACAAGCCACGCAAGUUGUCUCUGCCCGCCCAUCGCUCAAACACCACCGGCGACGGUGACGUCAGCCCCCACGACACCGUCUCAACACCAACCCGUAGAGUCAGCCCACCCCUCCAAAAGAACAAGGCCCUACCAAGCCCCCCGAUGAGCGCCGAAGAAGAGAACCGCACGCGAGAAAAGGUUAUAGCCAGUAGCCCGCGUCAAGAAACUACAAAAUACGCCACCACGCCCAACAUAGGCGACACCUCCCCACCUCGACGCGCCAGCGAAUCCAGCAACAGAGCCUACACAAUCUGGCCCGACGGUUCAAUCUCCCACCCUGGCCUCGCAGAGCUUCACGCCAUCUCUUCCCCCACAAGCUCCUCUCCCACAUCCGCCACUCUCCAGUACCCCCACGCCUCCCCGGACAUGCAAGCCCUCACCUCGGCCGCGAACACGGGCCCGAAAUCUCAACCUUACCCCACUACUCAGCCGUUCCCUAGUAGUAACGCGAACAUCCCGCCGCAGACGAGGCUGAAGGAGGCUGUGCGGACUGCUUCGUCGACGAAAACGAAGUCUAGUGGUAAUGCUAGGGAGCAGAAGACAGACAGUAGUAUGGAGAAGAGGGGUAAGCACAACCACGCAUCUGAAUUUCCUGCUUCCGGUGCCCCGGUGCAAAUGAGUCGUACGCAAAAGGAUAAAGACCGCAAGAAGAAGUGUAAAGCGGCAGUGCUGAUGGAGCAUGUUGAUGUUAUCAAAGAUGAGUUUUGGGAGAAGAGGCCGUGGAUUUUGAGUGGGAGGACGGGAUGA